AGUGCAGCCUAACCUGAAAUGCAGAAGAGAGCAGCUCAGAGGUUUGACUUUUGAACUUUGAAGAAUGGCAGGUCAAAUCAUUCUGCCUCUGCUUGUUCUGUCAGUGAUAAGUGGUGCAGCAUCUCAGAGUUCAGGACCCCUUUACCCGGUUAAUGGCAUAACGAGUUCUCAUUCAGAUGAUGGAAGUUCCCCUGAGAUUGCCCUUCUACAACCUUUUGUGUUUUUUGGACAGUCCUAUAAUCAGAUUUAUGUGAACCACAACGGACACCUGACCUUUACCACACCAUGGGGUAGCUUUACCCCACAACCUUUUCCAAUGUACGGACACAUUGACAUCAUCGCUGCACUCUGGACAGAUUUGGACAACAGAGGAAAUGGUGAUAUCUACUAUGAGCAACACACCAGUGGCUAUUUACUCCAACGCGCCACAUCGGACAUUAAUAAUUACUUUCCCGGACUGAUCUUUAAUGCCAACUGGGUCUUUAUUGCAACAUGGUAUGAGGUGGCCUAUUUUCCACAAACUGGCACACGUGCAACAGCUCAAGCAGUCUUAACCACUGAUGGCCGCUACUCAUUUGUGCUAUUGAACUAUGGGUCCAUAGCAUAUACAACAAGGGCUAUUGAGGCGGGAUAUGACACCAUCAAUUCUCCCCACCAUUUCACUAUCCCUGGAUCCUUCUCUCAAAAUGCAUCAGGCGAAAGCUCUGUUUUCAGUCACAGCAGUAAUGUCAACGUUCCUGGUCGCUGGGCUUUGCGGUUAGAUUAUGGAUCAAGAAACUGCUACUUCAAUGGUGACCCUGUGCAGCUAGGAGAUUCAUUCUGGACUGACAACACCUGUGCACAGAAAUGCACCUGCACCAGAACAGGCCUGCAGUGUUCCUACCAGCCCUGCACCUUCUCCCAAAUCUGCCAGCCAACUUCCUUUCAGUUCUCCUGCCAGACAGUGCAGAGACGCACCUGCACCAUCAGUGGUGAUCCACAUUACUACACCUUCGAUAACACAUUGUUUCACUUUCAAGGCACCUGCACUUACGUUCUUUCAGAACAGUGUCAGUAUGGGUUGCCUUACUACAGAGUAGAGGGCAAGAAUGAGCACAGAGGAAGCACUCAAGUUGCCUGGACACGACUGGUCAAAGUGUAUGUCAACAAUGACACCAUUGAGCUAGUCAAAGGACAUCAUGGUGAAGCCAAGGUUAAUGGAAACUUUGCAGCAACUCCUUUCUCCCUAAGUAAUGGCACAGUCCAGGUCUUUGAAUCAGGAUUUUCUGUGGUUGUCAGCACUAAUUUCGGCUUAAUGGUAUCUUAUGACACAUAUCACUACGUCCAAAUCAGUGUGCCGUACACUUACCUGAAUGCAACAUGUGGACUCUGUGGAAACUUCAACAAUCUCCCUAAUGAUGACUUUCAAACCCGUGAUGGUGAGGUUGUGAGCUCUGACGUGGCUUUUGCAAACAGCUGGAAAGCCUCUGGGGAUGAGGACCCUGGUUGUGAGGCUCAGUGCGGAGGUCUGGACUGUGCUGCCUGCACUCAGGCUCAGAGAUCAUUAUACAGCAAUACUGCUCACUGUGGUAUCCUCCAAAGCAGCUCUGGACCUUUUGCUGCAUGCCACCAACAACUUCCCCCAGCGACGUUUAUGGAAAGUUGUGUGUAUGAUCUGUGCAUAGGUGGAGGGUAUCAGCCCAUUCUGUGUCAAGCUUUAAAUGUGUAUGCAAGUCAAUGCCAACAAAAUGGAAUCCAACUACCAAGCUGGAGGACACCAGGCUUCUGUGAAAUUCCCUGCCCAGCCAAUAGCCACUUUGAGUCCCAAGGUACAGGAUGUCCACCCACCUGUGUCAACCCCAAUUCCACAUACAACUGCCCUCUCCCUAAUCAGGAGAGUUGUGUCUGCAAUACAGGCUACAUCCUUAGUGGUGGGGUCUGUGUACCUCAAGAAGAUUGUGGCUGCAGCUUUGAGGGUCGCUACUAUCGCUCUGGAGAAACUGUAAUACUAGAUGAGAAUUGUGGGAGGCGCUGCAGCUGUAGUUAUGGCUCCAUGACUUGCAGCCACCAUCAAUGUGGUCCACAUGAAUCAUGCCUUGUAGAACACGGAGAGAGAGGAUGCAGACCAAACAGCUAUGCAACAUGCUGGAUGAGGGGCCCAGGGUCAUAUCAAACAUUUGAUGGACAGACUUAUGAGUAUCCUGGUGCAUGUCGAUUGACACUUGCCAGAGUAAUGGGAUUGUCUGAUUACCCACACUUUACAGUGACCACAGAAAAAGUGCCAAGAGGCCAGCAGGGCUUUUCCAAUGUUCUUAAAUUUGAGGCAGAGGGAACACAAAUCACCAUUGAAAUGGAAAGAAGCAGCAACGUUCUGGUUGAUGGUCAGCAGAUCAGACUACCUUUCAGCUCUGGGACCAACAGAAUCCGCAUCUUCCAAAGCAGCACUUACGGUAUCAUCCUUCGCACUGCCUUUGGUGUAACUGUGCAAACGGUCUGGCCUCACUAUGUCCGUGUCUCUGCGCCUGUGGUCUACAGCAGUUCACUGGGUGGACUCUGUGGAAACUACAAUGGUCAGCAAUAUGAUGACUUCCGCACACCUGAUGGCAUUCUGGUUUACAGUUCUCAAGAGUUUGGGGACAGUUGGCGGGAUGGUUCUCUUGCAGCUCACUGUGUGGAGACCACACCUCGUGACUUAGUGCCCAGUUACAAUUCUCUCCAGCACUGUAGCAUUCUCACCUCACCAGAUGGCCCGUUCACGCCAUGUUGGGGUGUAGUGGAUCCAUGGCAGCAGGUGGGUGUGUGUGUGGGGAUUGUCAAUGGCUCAACAGAUCCUGCAUCCACCCUGUGUCAGGUCCUACGAGAUUAUGCACUCAUGUGCCAACAGAGGGAUGUUUCCCUGGGACAGUGGAGAAAUGCAACUAACUGUGAGCUAACCUGCCCAUCAAACAGCCAUUAUGAACUCUGUGGAACCUCAUGUCCUUCUGCCUGCCCCAGCCUCUCUUUCCCCUUCACCUGUGACACUCCAUGCGAGGAAGGUUGCCAGUGUGAUAAUGGUUUUGUCCUCAAUGGCAACCAGUGUGUGCCACCAACAUCCUGCGGAUGCUAUCACCAAGGACGCUAUCGGCAAAGCGGUGAACAGUUCUGGGAUGGUGAACAGUGUCAGAGCUUUUGCACCUGUAAUGGUGUAACUGGUGCAGUUCAGUGUUUUCCCAAUUCUUGCGGUUCUCAGGAGUCCUGCCGUGUGGUAGAGGGGGAGUUUGGUUGCCAUCCCAGCCCUCAUGGCAUAUGCUCUGCAUCUGGAGACCCUCACUACCUCACCUUUGACAGGAAGGCCUAUGACUUCCAGGGAACCUGCCGCUAUGUUCUGGCAACAGUUUGCAAUGCUACUGAUGGACUCCAUCAGUUUUCUGUGGAAGCCAAGAAUGAGCCAUGGAGUGGGCUGCCAGUUUCUAUCACAGCUGAAGUUGUUGUGAAUGUGUUGGGCUAUCAAGUGCGUUUGUCCGGAAAUAACAGGGGCAUGGCAGAGGUAGAUGGAAUAACAAGAAAUCUGCCAAUUCUCUUGAAUGGAAAUGUGUCUAUUGUUGCAACUGGGGCGCAAACAUUUGUCAGUACAGACUUUGGGCUAAGUGUCGCAUAUGAUGGCUGGAGCACAGUGUCUAUUUCUGUACCUCCGAAUUACAAAGAAAAAACAUGUGGACUUUGUGGAAACUUUAAUGACAAUCCAAACGAUGACUUCCUUGCGCCGAGUGGAAUGACACUCUCUACUCCAGAUGCUUUUGGGACAGCGUGGAAAGUUCCCGGCAACUACACAUGCAGUGAUGGGUGUGGCUCCUCCUGCCCACAAUGCGAUAAUGAUCAGCCUGCUAGAGCUCAGUGCGAGGUGAUUCAGGCAGCAGAUGGCCCCUUCAGCUUCUGCCACGAGCAGGUGGUUCCAGCACCAUAUUUUAGCGACUGCGUGUUUGAUGUUUGCGUGGGGGGAAACAGAGGCAACGAUCUCCUCUGCAGGAGCAUUGAAGCUUACAUUGGUGCUUGUCAGUCUGCAAAUGUCCGAAUUUACCCUUGGAGACAGAACACCACCUGCAGGCUUGACUGUCCAGCCCACAGUCAUUAUGAGUUGUGUGGAACAGACUGUGGUCACACCUGUGCCAGCAGCACUGAUGCCACCUGUAACCAUGUUUGCUCAGAAGGAUGUUUCUGUGAUGAUGGCUUUGUCAGGAGUGGGAGCAGCUGUGUUCCUGUGGAGCGUUGUGGCUGCCAACAUGACGGCUUCUACUAUAAUGCUGGGGAGUCCUUCUGGACAGACGGUUGCUCCCAGCUAUGCAAGUGCCACGCUCCCAAUGACCUGCGCUGUUCUUCUGUUUCAUGCACUCCUGCACAAGAGUGCACCAUCAGGGAUGGCCAGCUGGGCUGUUAUGAUUCAAUGUCUACCUGCACUGUGUGGGGGGAUCCACACUACAUCACCUUUGAUGGAAAUCUGGCUCAUUUCCAGGGCACAUGUUCAUACAUCAUCACUGAAAGUGUUGGCCACGGCAACAAUGAAACCCAGUUUACGGUAGUAGCCACCAACAAUCACCGUGGCAACAACCUUGUGUCAUUUGUGUCAGUAGUGGAUGUUUACCUCACAAAACAACAAGAGAGUGUGCAUGUCAGGCUUGGACCGAACAGAAGAGUAAAGGUAAAUGGAUCUGAGGUGUCUCUUCCCACCGCUGCAGGAACCUUAGGCCAGGUGUUGAUGCAGGGAAGCUCCAUUGCUUUUAAUGCAGUGGAGUUCAUUGUCCAGUUUGAUGGUCACAGUACUUUACUGGUCAGAAUGGGUCGACACCUUCAGAACAGAGUCACUGGGAUGUGUGGAAACUUCAAUGGUAAUUCUUCAGAUGACAAAGUGUUACCCAGCGGCGCUCUAGCACAAAACGACAAUGAGUUUGGAAACAGCUGGAAGUCAUCAACAAGCCAACCAGGAUGUGGAUCCACAGAUGAUCGAAGCGGUGGUGGACUGAGUAACUGUCGCUAUAUAGCAGAAUACACUGAACUGUGCAGCAUCAUCACCAACACCAGUGGCCCAUUCAGUGCCUGCCACCUGCACUCUGACCCCCAGCCAUUUUUCACUUCCUGUGUCUACGAUCUGUGCCUCUACUCUCGAGCCAAUGGCAUGCUGUGUUCUGCAGUCUCAGCCUAUGAGAAAACCUGCUCUGUUUUGGGGCUAGACAUCCCCGCGUGGCGUUCUGGUUUGCAUUGUGAGGAAUCAGAUCCAUGUGAAGAGUUGGACUGCACAGAGUAUGAAUGGUGUGGUAAGAAAGAUGGAGUGUACGGCUGCUUCUGUGAUGAGCAUCAUCAUAGACCCAACAACGAGAGCUAUGACUCAACCAUCACCUGUGAGAGCAGUGCAGGAGCUAUGUCCGUGUCUCGCUGCCAGCUGUUUGAAGCAGGCUUUCACUCCAAUGCCCUCCAUCUCCGAGACGAAACUUGCAACGGGACUGUUCAGAAUGGACGACUUGUGUUCCACUUUGACAAUGAUGAACAGCUCUGUGGGACAGUUCUCAUGAGCAAUGGAACCCAUUUCAUAUAUGAGAACACCAUCCAAGGCGACGUGGAUCCUCAUGGUGGUCUAAUCAGUCGUCAGAGGAACAUUCAUCUGCGUUUCUGCUGUGAAUACCCUCUUAGUCAUGCUCUGUCCAUGUCUGUGGGCAUCAAUCCUUUGGAGAGCAUUGUGAGAAAGAAGCUUCCAGCUGGUCAAGGUUUAUAUCACAUGAGGAUGAUCCCCUACCAGGACGCAGACUUCCGUUUCCCCCUCAGCAGUGAAAGAAACAUAGAAAUGGUGGUGGAUGAGAGGUUUUAUGUGGAGGUGCGGACAGAAGGGGUGGAUCAGCGCCAGAUCUCAACCAUUCUGGACUCAUGCUGGGCCACACCAAUCAACAUGGCCACCUACCCUGUCCGUUGGGAUCUAAUCAUUGAAGAGUGUCCUAAUCCAGAGGAUGGAACAGUGGAGAUGAUUCAGAACGGCGUCUCAACUGUGUCUCGUUUCUCCUUCAAGAUGUUCACCUUCAACAACUUUUCAUCCAUCUACUUGCACUGCAAUGUCCACUUGUGUCUUUUGAGAAACAACAACUGCUCAGCUCACUGCUACCCGGGUCACCACACACGAUUUAGGAGGGACGUAUCGUACCACGACUCUACAUUCAUCUCACUGGGACCAUUGGUGCAGAGGCUUGACAACACUGGGACUAAGAUCCAAAGAAGUGAUGCUUCAGGCCUGUUAACACCCAUUGUCACCCUGAUUGUCGGAUUGCUUACUGCCAAAACUCUGAUUCAGUGAGAUCAAAGAGGGACCAUAUUUUAGAUUACCUCAAUAUUUGCUUACUUUUGAAUGUAUUUCUGUUUGUGAAGGUUUUUCCUCUGAGUGUCUUUUUUAUUGAUGAACAUAUAAAAAUCAGAAGCGGGAGGCACUAUUGUGCAGCACUUUGAAGCUGAAGUUUUUGUGCGUUUGCUGUGUGUGAUGUGGAUCUAUUGUGUCUAAUUCUUGGUUUUCAUUUGUGGGAAUUCUUAUCAUUAAAGGUGUGAUUUGUGGUACUGUAAAAUGUCAGUGAUAUAAACUUAUUGGAAAUGAAUUUCUAAUUUCCUUUAGUAGCAAAUGUUUUGAUUUACUUAUGAUUUACAAAUAUAUAUGUUUUACUUGAACUUAAGGUGGAGUUAAUGUAAAAUCAUUAUAUAACUUGAAUACAAUUGAAGGAAAGAUAUGCAUAUUGUUGAUGAAGGAAUUUUUUUGUCAAAUGAAAUAUUUGGUGUAUUUUCCAUAUUUUGUCAUUUUUAAUGAAUUAUGCAAAAGGUUUGCACUUAUUUAGCACAUUUUAGCCUUCGCAGUUUUGCAAACGUUUCUCAUCCAGGCACUCAAACAAACACUUCAUAAUUUAAACGUCAGCCCUGUUUUUUUAGCUCAAAGUUGUGACUUGUGAAACCAUUACAGUCUAAUGAAUAUGUGUGACUCAUUUUUGACAUGCUAACCAAUCUGCUUUGUGCUAUGAUGUACUUUUACAAACAUGAUAUGAAGAUUAAACUUUGAUUUUUGUUCUUAAAAUAAAAUAUCAACACUCA